CCAAGGACAAAAAAACAAAAAAAAAAGCCAGCCAGGUUCCACAGAAAGCUUGAUCCCAACGAUCUAGCCACAGCACUCAGCACAGCGGCUCGCACGCGACACGCCCACGCCGCCAGAUCGGAGCAGCAAGUCGAGUGACAUUUCCGCCGGCCGCGGCCUGCAAUUGGCGGUGCCGUCUGCGCAGACGAUGGAUGCGUUGCAGCGAACGCAGAGCCGCGAGUCCGCAAGGUCGACGAGCAAGUCGGGCGCCAUCAGCUUGUCCUCGGCCUCGUCUGGAGCAAGCAGAAAGGCGCGCUCGGCCGAGAACGAGACGACGAGCAGCAGUGUAGAGCGAGCGGGCGUGUCGAUGCCCGCCCCGGCGUCCAGGACCGUGAGUCGCGCGUUCAUAGCCAGGCGCCCCAGCAAGGCCUCUGACACCGUCCUCUUGACAUCCGCUGGUGCCGCUGGCGGAGCUCUGGAGGCCUCCGGUUGUGCUACUGCGUCUGCCGCCGAUGCACCAGUGCAGCACGGCGAUGGCGCUAUCGCUGCGCCGUAUACUGAGGGGCGAUUGUCGGACGCCGGCCUGCCACACCCCUCGUCGCUCACCUCGGCGCCUUAUCCCCAUCAUGGCGCCUUGAGUUCGUCUCCGCAAACGCUGUUGGCCAGAGAGAAUGCGUCUGCCGUAGGCUCGCCUCUGCCCGGCUCCGCAUUGAACAUCCCGGGAGCGGGCGGCUCGCCCACGUCGCAGACGCUCAAUUGGGCAACAGCAUGGAACGACCGGCCUCAAUCGAUCCAAAGAUCGCGAAGCCGCACACGUACUCAGCGGCGGAUAAGCGGCACGGCCUUCUCCAGCAGCGCAAGCCCAGGCAGCGAGAGAUCGACGGCAAAGGACAAGAAUGACAAGGCGAAGGCGCCACUGGGCAUCAUCGGCGUGUGUGCGCUGGACACGAAAGCGCGCAGCAAGCCCAGCCGAAACAUUCUCAACAAGCUCAUGGAGAAGCAAGAGUUUGAUGUCAAGGUGUUUGGCGACAAGGUCAUCCUAGAUGAGGACAUAGAAAACUGGCCCGUAUGCGACUACCUGAUCUCCUUCUUCUCCGAUGGGUUCCCACUGGACAAGGCAAUUGCCUAUUCAAAGUUGCGCAAACCGAUGAGUGUGAACGACUUGCCCAUGCAAUAUGUUCUUUGGGAUCGACGCUUGUGCCUGAUGAUUCUUGACAAGAUCAAGGUCCCGACGCCUGAGCGAGUCGAGGUCAACAGGGAUGGCGGACCCAGGCUUGCCUCAGCAGAGCUAGCACGCGUCCUGUACGACAGGACAGGCAUCAGGCUACCUGGCCCUGAAGAUGGAACCGGUGGAGGUCAGAAGCCACCGAGAAGCGUCGAGUUGAUCGAAGACGGAGAGGCUUUGCGCGUGGACGGUAAAGUGCUACGCAAGCCCUUUGUCGAGAAACCAGUAAGCGGAGAGGACCACAACAUUCGCAUCUAUCUGUCCAAGGAGGACGGCGGGGGAGGCCGAAGGUUGUUCCGCAAGGUGAACAAUAAAAGCUCAGAGUACGAUCCUGACCUCUCCACUCCACGCUGCUUGUUAGAACAGGACCACAGCUAUAUUUAUGAAAAGUUUCUCAAGGUGGAGAACUCAGAGGACGUAAAAGCAUACACUGUUGGGCCAGGAUAUUGCCACGCCGAAACGCGAAAAUCGCCCGUUGUGGACGGAAUCGUUAGACGCAAUCCAAACGGCAAAGAGCUGCGAUACGUUGCCCAGCUCACAAAGGAAGAAAUCGAAUACGCUUCCCGCAUCGUCAAGGCCUUCGGUCAGACCGUCUGUGGCUUCGAUAUCUUGCGCUGCCACGGGACAAGCUAUGUAAUUGAUGUCAACGGCUGGUCUUUCGUCAAAGACAAUCCCGAUUACUACGACGCAGCCGCAAAGAUUCUCAGGGACAUGUUCAUCAAGGAAAAGGCCCGGCGCGAAGGCAAAGCUGUCCAACCAGACAGCGUUUCCUUCGAGUGGGAGCAGGGAUCAGAAAAGCCAGCCACGUCUUCAGCACAAUCUUCUCGCAAGCCCCAAGGCGGACACAGAAAUACACUCAAGGGCCUCUUUCAUUCUCCAAGCAUGUCCAAGCUCACGGGUUCUGUACAUUCACCUGUGCAUAUGCCGGUGUCUCAUCGUCAUGGCGCAACUUCGCCAGACAUAGCAGCAACAACGUUGCCGAUUAGCUCGCCACCCAGUACAGAAAGCUCAGUCCCCGCCACUAGGCUUCCACCACCAGUGUCACAGCCCCCACUUCAUGCGCCGUCAGCUACUGUCAGUGCGGCGUCUACUGCCGACGUAAUGAGUGGAUCACACAUGGCCGAAGUGCCAGCUGUGCCCGUGCCCGCUCCGGCUUCGAAGGCGCAAUGGAAACUCAAAGGCGUGGUUUCUGUAGUAAGACACGCUGAUCGUACGCCGAAGCAGAAGUUCAAGUUUACGUUCCACACCAAGCCUUUUGUGGAUCUGUUGAAGGGGCAUCAGGAAGAGGUGCUCCUUGUCGGUGAGCCGGCGCUCAAUAGCGUUCUUGACGCCGUAAAAGAAGCAUUCAAAGAAGGCAUCGAAGACAAGGAAAAGUUGAACCUCCUGCGCAGCUCGCUUAUCAAGAAGGGAGGCUGGGCGGGAACAAAGGUCCAGAUCAAGCCUAUGUUCCGCAGGAAAAAGAAGGAAGAAUUGCAGUUGGAGAUGUCACCAUCAAAACUGGAAGCACAGCUUACCUCGGAUGACACCACUCCAGAUCAUGGGGCGCAAGGAGAGCUGGAGCGCAAAGAAUCCAGACAAGGCUCUGUUCAUGAGACGACGCUUUCACGUUUCUCGGCCAAGGAGCAUGACCUUGUGCUGGACAAGUUGCAGCUUAUCAUCAAGUGGGGCGGUGAACCGACGCACUCUGCACGCUACCAAUCUCAAGAUCUAGGAGAAAACCUGCGCAGCGACUUGAUGAUCAUGAAUCGUGAGUGUCUGGAAGAUGUGCACGUCUUCAGUAGUUCCGAGCGUCGCGUCACGACGAGCGCGCAGAUCUUCACCGCGGCAUUCCUGGCCAAAAAGGAGCUUCCCGAAGAUUUUAUCACAGUUCGCAAAGAUCUGCUGGAUGAUUCUAAUGCCGCCAAAGAUGAGAUGGACAAGGUGAAAAAGAAGCUUAAAUUGUUGCUGCGUGAGGGCGACGCAGCACCACCACAGUUUGCAUGGCCUGACAACACGCCAGAACCGUUCAUCGUGGUUCGAAAUGUAGUCGAGUUGAUGAAGUUUCAUCGCAUGGUCAUGCGUCACAACAUGGCCAAACUGCAGACUGGCGCUGCGACGUACCUCGCCAACAUCAUCAACCCGAGACCUUCCGAAGCCGAAGCUGUGGCCAUGUCGGCCAAUGGUUCUGCAAGUGUCUCCGUCGUCAAAGAGUCGCAAGAGGUUGCCAAAAUUCAACCUCGUUGGUGCAGCGGUGAGGAUGCAAACCUGUUUCGCGAGCGCUGGGAAAAGUUGUUCAAGGAAUUCUGCGACGAGACGAAGGUGGAUCCGAGUAAGAUCUCUGAGCUGUACGACACGAUGAAGUACGACGCGCUACACAAUCGCCAGUUCUUAGAGUGGGUCUUCACGCCGGAGGAGCAUAUGCUGGACGAGAUUGCCGUCAGCGAGAGCGGACCAACGUCUCCAACGCUCGAAGCACAGCCUAAGUUCUCAGCAAACUCGUCGAGACGAACAUCGAUAAGCGAACCGAAAGAGGCAAAUCACCGGUACAGCGUCGCGAGCGUGGAGAAGGUCUUGCCUGAGAAAGAGCGGUCUAGCAUCCUUGCGCAGCGGUUCGCGCACCUGCGCCGACGACCAUCGGUAGAGGAGAAGCCGACAAACAACGUAACUUCCAAAGCGUCUGUGAAGACAAACGAUGACCAGGAAAGCUACUUCACGCUCUACACGGGGAUCACUGGGAACGGACAGUCUUCAAAGGCAAAGGUUGAUUCACGUCUGCACAAACUGCGCGAGCUCUACAAGUACUGCAAGGUCCUGUUUGACUACAUCGGUCCGCAAGAGUACGGCAUCAGUGGGGACGAGAAGCUGGAGAUUGGAUUACUGACUUCGUUGCCUCUGCUCCGCGAAAUCGUGCAGGACCUCGAAGACCUGCAGGCGAGCGAGGGCGCAAAGUCCUUCUUCUACUUCACAAAGGAAUCCCACAUAUACACGCUCCUGAACUGCAUCUUGGAAGGCGGCGUCAAGACGAAGAUUGAGCGCAAGGCUAUUCCUGAACUCGACUAUCUCAGCCAGAUCCAAUUCGAGCUGUACGAGAGCCAGAACUCCACCGCUGAAGACGAACCCGAGAGCUUCAACUACAGCAUCAGAAUAAGCAUCAGCCCCGGCUGCCACACGUUCGAUCCGCUCGACGUCAUGCUGGACAGCAAGCAUUGCAUCGGGUGCGCCCCGAGACGCAGCUUGACGGCGCAUGUCGACUAUCAGGAAAUUUUAGACACGCUGAAGGAGAAGUUUGCCAAAGUCAAACUGCCAAAGACCUUCACGGCCGUGAAUCUUAGUGAAAAAGGCGUUUUUGGAGAUAGACCAAAUUCGGACUCGCAGUCCAUCAAGGCAUAAAGUUUUAGAUAGAGCCAGGGAAAUCAUGGAUACAAUCGGGUCUCUCUCUUUUUUUUUUGGAAAAGUGGAUAUCAACACUUCGCUGCAAAAAAAGUUUCCCUUCCCUUUUCCUUCUUCCUCCUUUUUUUUGGGUUGACGGAGGGGGGGCGUUCUUGGGUCUGCGCAUGCAUUCGGGUAGGCUGUCUGAAUUAUUCCUUCCGAGAAUUCCAUGUGGGGUUCAAUAUAGAUUGGAAAAGAACAUGUGAUUGAUACGUCGGAAACAGAUGAGGGAAUAGAUAUAUGUGUCGCGCCAAUGGACUUAAAACCAUAGGCCAAUCUUGAGCAAUAAUACGUACUGCAUGGCUUCUAGGCCACGAUCAAGCAGAUCAUCU